UGUCUAUUUCAAGCAUUUCAAGUUUGGCAAGAGUCCAAAUUUGUCUUGGGCCUAUAGCAGGGUCUAUAGCCAGUUGCUCAGCAUGAGUGGAAUGAUAAAAUUACCGGCAAUUCUCGCGAAAAAUGUGACAACCAACACAUUGAGCACCGUUGGUCGACCGAUAAUUGCUGCCCGGAAGAUUCAUUUUACAAUUGAUGGAAAGCAGAGUGAAGCUAAAGUCUCCCAGAUUUCUCGAGACUAUGCAGUGGUGGACCACACAUAUGAUGCAGUGGUGGUUGGUGCUGGUGGGGCAGGGCUCCGAGCAGCGUUUGGUCUUGUUGCAGAAGGAUUCAAGACAGCUGUCAUUAGUAAAUUAUUUCCGACUCGAUCGCACACAGUUGCUGCUCAGGGUGGUAUCAAUGCUGCUCUUGGAAACAUGGAGCAAGAUAACUGGCAGUGGCACAUGUACGAUACAGUGAAAGGUUCUGAUUGGUUGGGUGACCAGGAUGCUAUCCAUUAUAUGACAAGGGAAGCACCAAAGGCUGUGAUUGAGCUUGAGAAUUACGGAAUGCCCUUCAGCCGGACUGAAGAUGGUAAGAUCUACCAGCGAGCAUUUGGAGGUCAGUCACUGAAAUUUGGUAAAGGAGGACAGGCUCACCGAUGUUGUUGUGUAGCAGAUCGAACUGGCCACUCGCUUUUACACACAUUAUAUGGCCAGUCUUUAAGAUAUGACUGCAACUACUUUGUUGAAUAUUUUGCUCUUGACUUACUGAUGGAGGAUGGUGAAUGUCGUGGCGUUAUUGCUCUGUGUUUGGAAGAUGGAAGUAUUCACAGAUUCCGUUCAAAGAAUACGGUUCUGGCUACUGGAGGUUAUGGCCGAACUUUUUUCUCAUGCACUUCAGCCCACACGGUAACAGGUGAUGGUACAGCUAUGGUAUCUAGAGCAGGACUUUAUAAUCAGGACUUGGAAUUCAUACAGUUCCACCCAACAGGUAUUUAUGGAGCUGGUUGCCUCAUCACGGAAGGUUGUCGUGGAGAAGGAGGUUUUCUGAUAAAUGGUCAAGGUGAAAGGUUCAUGGAACGUUAUGCUCCUGUAGCAAAAGACUUGGCUUCUCGUGAUGUCGUGUCGAGAGCCAUGACUAUUGAAAUCAGAGAAGGAAGAGGAUGUGGGCCUGAGAAGGAUCAUGUAUAUCUGCAGCUGCAUCAUCUGCCACCAGAGCAGCUGGCCACCAGACUGCCUGGCAUCUCAGAAACAGCCAUGAUCUUUGCUGGUGUAGAUGUAACACGUGAACCAAUUCCGGUUCUGCCAACAGUCCACUACAACAUGGGUGGUGUUCCUACCAAUUAUAGAGGACAAGUGCUUACUGUUUCUGGAGGAAAGGACCAGGUUGUACCAGGCCUUUAUGCCUGUGGUGAAGCAGCCUCCUCGUCAGUACAUGGUGCUAAUCGCCUUGGUGCAAACUCAUUGCUUGAUCUUGUUGUGUUUGGACGUGCCUGUGCAAAGACCAUCGCAGAGGAAAAUAAGCCUGGGGAAUCCAUUGGUUCUCUGAAAGCUAAUGCUGGCGAAUUGUCAGUUGCAAAUUUGGACCGUGUGAGACAUGCUAAUGGGUCAAUGCCUACUGCAACAUUACGUCUAAGUAUGCAGAAGAUAAUGCAAACACAUGCAGCUGUAUUCAGAACAGCUGAGUCACUGCAAGAAGGUGUCAAGAAGUUGCAAGAACUCUACAAGAAACUGGAUGACCUGAAAAUCUCUGACCGCGGUCUGGUUUGGAACUCAGACUUGGUUGAGACUUUAGAACUGCAGAAUCUCUUACUGAAUGCCAUGCAAGCCGUCGUUGCAGCUGAGAACAGAAAGGAGUCGCGUGGUGCACAUGCACGUGAGGAUUUUAAGGAAAGAAUUGAUGAAUAUGACUUCUCAAAACCAACUGAACAACAAACAAAACGACCGUUCGAACAGCACUGGAGAAAGCAUACGCUAACGUCCAUGAACCCCAAAACAGGCGAUGUACAGAUAACGUUCAGACCUGUUAUAGAUGUCACGUUGGAUGCACAGGAGUGCGCAACUGUUCCCCCAGCUAUCCGUUCAUAUUGAGGAUCAUGUGCUUACUAUUUUGCUAGUACUGACACAGGUUUCUGUAACUCUCAUAAAAAGCAUCCCUCUUAUAUGUGGGAGGCACGUUUAGUGACAGACAACAAAUUAGUUAUCAUCUCAGGCUUGUAAAUAUUCUGUUAUUCACAUCAUGUGUACCACAUGACUGCAGUAACAUGAUCAUCUGUGCAUUACAGCAGUGUCAGUACUAAUGGUUACUUUAAUAGUCAGUUGAUACAAAAUUGAGUUAGGUUUCUAUUAUGUUAAUACACUGUGUUUUUCCAGAAAAGGGAUUUUGGAUUAUGGUACUCUUAGGGUUCAGUAAAUUGAAAUUUGAAUGUCAUGGAGACAGAGACAGUUGUAUGUUUCAUCUACAUACUGCUCUCUUAUCCAUGUUUAAAUUUAUAGUCAGCCAGCCAGCCUGUGCAUUGUAUGCUGUGAUGCUACAUAAUGUGUUUGCUGCUUCUGUGUAGUUUCUGCAUCAUAACUCAUCGAUGUUACAUCACCAUUGAAUUAGACGGGUAUAGUACAAAGAGAAUUCUCUUUGUAGAUUUUUGUUAGUAGCCAAGGUAUAUAAUAAGGAACUGAAACCUGUGUGCAAUCAGUAAUUAUCAUGUACUUAUUUAAUUAUCAAUGAUUAUUAAAAUCAGAAGCAUAAAGAUACAGUGUUUGAAGGAAAGUGGUAUUGUAAGAUUGACGGACGGAUAUAAUUCAGAUUUCUUACAUCAUAACCAUCAGUUAUGGUAGGAUUUACUGUUUGCUUGAAAAGAAAGGUAGAUUAGUCUUACCAGGAAAUAGAUAUCUGCUUUCUGAUUGGUUUGUCAAUCCAUAAGUUUAUGAGUCGGAAACAUAACCCUAAUGUCAGUGUUUAAUAGGAGAAGCACGUGCUGAACGUUCAUUCUAACACUGUUGACAUUGUUCAUUAAACUAGUCUUUAAAAGCAGCUUCAGUAUUGACAUUACUUAAG